AUGGCCCGUAGAACCGUGACCGCGUCGACCCGCGCCUCCGCGAUCGCUUCUCCUACCCCGCACCCGACACAAACCCCCGUUCCCUCCAGUUCCAAUCCCGACCUUGCCCUCCUUCGACGACAGUGGAAAUGGGCCGCCUUCAGCCAGCUCUUCUACACCUUCUCUCGUCUCUUCGCCGUCGACGAUGUUACUUUGACGGACAUCGAGGAGGACCUGGUUCACUCUCGAGCCAUAGUGCUCCCGCGUAUCAUGGCCCGAUUAUUGGGUACGCUAUCGGGAGACAGGAAAACCAACCUGGACAACUGGCAAUCCGCGCUUCGUCGCCAAUAUAUGAGACGGAAGCCUGAAGCUAAUCCUAUUGGCCCUGAGCCUCCGAGAACAUCUGGAAGCUACGAAGAGCCAUACAUCCAGCUCAGUAGCCGCCUCCAAUCCACAGCAGAGCCCGAGCAUGAACCAAAAGUGGAGGAUGCGGAAGACCCCGUCCCAGAAUCCGCCCAGAAAGACACAGGUCCAUCGAGUGAUGCCAUGGAUGGGCGCACUGACGGCAGGAGGACAGAGGCACCUUCCUCUCCAGCUCCAUCUUCCUCUGAAGCCAAGCAGGGGCACCCAGUAGACUCCGCUAACACAUCCUCACCUGCGACCGCCGCUGAGCAACCUCCCUCCAAGGACUGGUUGGACCUACCGAUGCUAGAGAAAUUAGAAUCGAUGCAUACUGUGGUCGAAUGGCAUUUUGAUCACCCGGCCAGACUCAGGAAGAUAAUGAGGGACGAUGAUGAAGGUGCUAACUGGCGUAUUGAACCUAUCGGGUAUGACUCAAAGGCUAAUGCAUAUUGGUUGAUUGGCCCGGACCGUCUAUGGAUUCAGCGCGUUCCCCCAAAGCCGCCACGUCCUCCAAAGCGCAAACGAGCGCCUGCCAAGAGCACCACCCGUAAAGGUAAACAAGCCCAGACCUCUCGUGCUGCUGAACCGGCCUACGAAGAGGAGGAAGAGCCCGAAGAGGACGUCCCGGCCAGCAAGGCGCCUCGGACGCGAGGUAGUCGAGCCACAAGGCAGACGAAAAGCGCGGCAACUCCUGCUACUCCUGGCCCACGGAAGGGAGACCGAGCUGCCAAGAGACAGGCCAACAUCAAGCUCGAUGCUCAGGCAAAAGCGUUUGAGGAAUAUCAACGGCAAGCUGCAUUGGAUGCGAAGCAGCGGCCUACUAAGCGGCAGAAGACGGAGCGCUCCCCAACUAAGGCUCCUCCCCGACCGACAGGGACAAGAGUUAGCAGUCGAUUAAGGGGCUCGACUGUUGAUGAAGAGUGGCAACAGGUACCGGAAGAGUGGUUGAAAGAGGAUGAGGAACAGCCGGUAGCUAGGGGCUCGGUCGCCAGACGGACUCGGGGAGCAGCUGCAGCAGCCAGAGCUACGACCGGGCUGGAGAGUGACGCGGAUUCGAUCAGUGAACUCACUUCAUUGUCGGAUGAGCAAGAAGAUAGGACGCUCAUAAAUGACGAGCAAAAGGAACCGGUGCCCGAGCCUGUCCCUGAAUCUGCUGAUGUUGCGAAACGAUCAAGUGAACGGGUACAGCCCGAACUGCCUGCUGACUUCGUGGAAUGGGAAGCAAUUUGUGUGACGCUUUACGAGUGGGAACAUGUUGCAGAGCAAUUUGCAGGGUCUAAUCAUUACGCCGAGAAGGCUCUUUAUAAACGUCUAGUGAACGACAUCGUCCCUGCGGUGACUGCAGAGCUUCGUGAGAUUGAAAGGAAGAAAAAACUGGAAGAAGCCAUUGUGCACCGUAAGAGGUCGUCUCGGAUUGCUACCAAGGAGAGCGUCAGAGAGCAGGCUCGCAUGGAAGCUGAGCGUCGGGCGGAGGAAGAGAAGGCUUUGGCUCGCGCGAAGAGGGCCGAGGCGCGUCAGAAACAGGAGGAAGAAUCUAGGCGGAGAAGAGAGGAGGCGCGUGAGCGGAGAAGGAAGGAACGCGAGGAGAAAGAACAGAAGGCGCUGCAGGAAGAGGUGCAGCAAACCGCCGAUAGCAGCUCGAAACCCAACGGUUCUGCCGCUCCUACCCAUGAUGCUUUGCAGUUACAAGACCUGGCACAAUCCUCCAGCGGCACGACUAGUGGGAUUCAGACCCCCUCAGGUAGCGACUGGGAGGUCCACUGCGAGGUCUGCCGGAAAAGAGGGAUCAAUAUAGACAACGACGUUCCUCUGGUGCAGUGCGAAGUGUGCAAGAAAUGGCAGCACCAACAAUGUCACGACCGCGUCGACGAGGCUAAUGGUCGUCGAAGACGCAACUGGAACCAUCCUGAUUAUCAUUUCAUGUGUCAAGCGUGUCAGCCUACGCCCUCUCACACUUAUGCUACUGGGUCGGGACAACACUCGGCAUCCACAAAUCCUGGCUACCCCUCGAAGAAUAUUACCCUGCAAUGGAACCACUCUCGUUCCAGUAAUGUGUACCCCUCGCCUGCCACGGGUACCCUUCCGUAUCCGGGGACGGGCUCCUACAUUGGAAACCCAUCUUACGCGCCCCUCAAUGGCCAUAGCCAUUAUCCGCCGCCAACUCAGCCGGGUCCGGUUUCGGGAUCGCAACAGUUCACGCCUAUCCAGUUUGAUUAUUACCAACCCCCACAACACAGUGUUCCUGCGAAUCCCGGACCUUCACAGUAUAAUCAGUCUUCCUAUGGUAGUCCCUACGGGUCGUAUAUGCAGCCCGCCCUCGCAGCUCCGGCCCCAUUACAAGGACAGAUCCCGUCAGCGAGAUGGAACACAGCGACGCCCGCGACGAAUGGGUACCACACGAACGGGUACCCUCCCAUAGAGCCACGACUACCACCAAGUCAGGCCCUGCCUACAGGGCCGCGGGUCGAUCCGCGUAUCCCGGCUGCAAACAUUCAGCAGUCAUAUCGUCCGCAACUGCAGCCUCGUCAAACAAUGGACUUCACUCCCUCAUAA